CACUGGUGCUGCUUUUCCUCCAGAGGAGCUUGACUGCCUUCUUUGUUCCUGCCUGCUCCUGCCUGCUCCUGCCUGCUCAGCCAGUCCUCAUGGCCCCAUCCACCCCAGACAAGAAUGCCUGGGACGUCCAGCCCAAGGACCCGAAACGCGCCCUCGCAGAAGACGCCUACGAUGACUGUCUCUCCUGCAGAGUGACUGGCUCCGCUGCAUUCAUCGGCCUUGGCGUGUACAGCUACUACUCCGGCAUGAAGAACCUGACGGCCCAGGAAAAAGCCAUCAUGCAGGGUGCGACCAAAUACAAGAUGGGAUCUCGGCGUCUGGGCAUUGCGACCAUCUCUGCAGCCCUGGUCGGCCUGGGUAUCUGGAGGGCUGUCAAUUGAUCCCCGCCCGCAGUGGGAUCGCCUGUACUCUACUUCUUCCAUGUAUCUACCUACUGCUUGCGUGUUCUCGACUUAGGGCGUUGGGGGUGAACGGAAUGCAUGCCGAAGCGUCGCUUCAACUGUUGAUAACUCAUAUACACACCAGACCAGUAUAUAAAAUAGCACCAUUAAUCUCACAG